UCCAGUGUGAUGGGAGUGUUCAGCGGAGCCUCCUCGAUGAUCUGACCGAGCUCAGAGCGUCUCUGCCGGUCAAUUUCGGGUGAUUUAUCCGUGGUUUGGUUUGUAUUGACCGGACCAAGACCAGGUCCAGGACCAGGACCAGGAUCAGGAUCAGGAUCAGGAUCAGGAUCAGGAUCAGGACCAGGACCAGGACCAGGACCAGGAUCAGGAUCAGGAUCAGGACAAGGACCAGGAGAAGGACCAGGGUGUGUUGACGGUGAUGGCGGAUGCGGGGCAGUGCGGGCUGUGCGGGGUGAAGGUGAUGUGUCGCUUCAGGCCGCUGAACGAAGCGGAGCGAAGCCGCGGAGACAAAUUUAUCCCCAAAUUCAAUGGAGAUGAGACGGUGGUUGUGUCGGGGAAACCGUAUGUGUUUGACAGAGUCUUCGCUCCGAACACGGAACAAGUUCAGGUGUACGACACGUGUGCCAAACAGAUCGUCCGAGAUGUGUUGGGCGGAUAUAAUGGGACGAUCUUUGCGUACGGUCAGACGGCGUCAGGAAAGACUCACACUAUGGAGGGGAACCUUCACGACCCUCCUCUGAUGGGAAUCAUUCCACGGAUCUCUCGAGACAUUUUUGAUCACAUCUACUCGAUGGACGAAAACCUGGAGUUUCACAUCAAGGUAUCUUAUUUUGAAAUCUACCUGGAUAAAAUCCGAGACCUGCUGGAUGUGUCAAAGAUAAACUUGGCCGUUCACGAGGACAAGAACAGGGUUCCCUUCGUAAAGGGUUGUACAGAGCGUUUUGUUUCUAGUCCUGAUGAGGUGAUGGACGUUAUCGACGAGGGAAAAGCAAACAGACACGUCGCAGUGACCAACAUGAACGAGCACAGCUCUCGAAGUCACAGUAUUUUUCAGAUCAACAUCAAGCAGGAGAAUGUGGAGACGGAGACGAAACUGUCGGGAAAACUUUACCUGGUCGACCUGGCAGGCAGCGAGAAGGUGAGUAAGACAGGGGCAGAGGGCGCCGUGUUGGACGAAGCAAAGAACAUCAACAAGUCUCUGUCGGCUCUCGGGAACGUCAUCGCUGCUUUGAGUGAAGGGACGAAAACCCACGUCCCGUACAGAGACAGUAAGAUGACUCGAAUUCUUCAGGACUCUUUGGGAGGAAACUGCCGAACGACCAUCAUCAUCUGCUGCUCGCCGUCCAUUUACAAUGAGACAGAGACCAAGUCCACGCUCAUGUUUGGACAGAGAGCUAAAACCAUAAAGAACACUGUGUCUGUGAACCUGGAGCUGACGGCAGAGGAGUGGAAGAAAAAGUAUGAGAAGGAGAAAGAGAAGAACAGGAGUCUGAACGUUGUCAUUCAGAAACUGGAGAAUGAGCUGAAACGCUGGAGAAAAGGUGAGUGUGUACCUGUGGACGAGCAGCUGAGCAACAGGAACAGGAAGAGCACCACCGACACCACACUGGUGAUGGACAGCUUGGCCACGCCCAGCGACCCUCUAUCUGAAGAGGAGAAGAUUCGAUAUGAGGCGCUCAUCACUGACCUUUACAAGCAACUGGAUGACAAAGAUGAUGAGAUCAAUCAACAGAGUCAGUUGUCAGAGAAACUUAAACAGCAGCUGAUCGAUCAGGAUGAGCUGUUGGCGUUGAGCCGUCAGGACUAUGAGCGUCUGCAGGGGGAGCUGUCGCGGCUGCACAGAGACAAUGAUUCCGCCAAAGAGGAAGUGAAGGAGGUGCUUCAGGCUUUAGAGGAGCUCGCCGUCAACUACGACCACAAGAGUCAGGAGGUGGAGGACAAGAACCGCUGUAACGAACAGCUGAAUGAGGAGCUUGCACACAAAACUGUGAGUCUGGAGACGGUUCAGAGGGAGUUCUCAUCUCUGCAGGAUCUCAGCUCGCAUCAUAAGAAGAGAUCUGCUGAGAUCCUCAAUCUGCUGCUAAGAGACCUGGGAGACAUUGGCAGCAUCCUCGGAACAAGCGACCUCAAAGCUAUGAUGGAGACAAGUGGAGCAAUGGAGGACGAGUUCACCACUGCUCGUCUCUACAUCAGUAAGCUGAAGUCUGAGGUGAAGUCUCUAGUGACCCACAGCAAACAGCUGGAGCUCGACCUGAAGGAAAACACCUACAGGAGGUUGGCGAGCGAAACGGAGCUUAGCCACCUCCAGCUGCUCGUCUCACAGCUCCAGGCGAAGUCGUCGUCUCUGACUGACGACCUUCAUAAGGUGGAGCAGAAGAAGCGGCAGCUGGAAGAAAGUCAGGAUGCUCUGAUGGAGGAGUUCGCCAAGCUCCAGGCUCAAGAUAAAAUGCACGAGGUAACAGUGAUGGACAAAGAGAAAGAACACAUGAGCAGACUGAAGGACGCUGUUGAGAUGAAGACAACUUUAGAAGAACAGAUGGAGAACCACAGAGAAGUCCAUCAAAAACAACAGAGUCGACUCCGAGACGAGAUUGAACAGAAACACAGAGACGCUGAGCAACUCAAAGAUGUGAAUCAGGCUCUGCAGCUGGAGAUGAGGAAGAUUCAAUCAGACUUUGACAAACUGAAAACUGAGGAUGAGAAAAAAGACCAGAAACUUCAAAAACUUCUGUUCUUGAAUGAGAAAAGAGAACAAGCCAAAGACGAUCUGAAGGGUCUGGAGGAAACAGUGGCCAAAGAGCUGCAGACACUGAAUCACCUUCGUAACCUCUUCAUCCAGGAUGUCGGCAGCCGAGUCAAGAAUAGUUUAGAGAACGAUAGCGAUGACGCCGGUGGCAGUUUGGCUCAGAGACAGAGGAUCGUCUUCUUAGAAAAUAACCUGGAGCAGCUCAGUAAGGUUCACAAACAGCUGGUGCGGGACAACGCAGACCUUCGCUGUGAGCUGCCCAAGCAGGAAAAACGCCUGCGGGCCACAGCAGAGCGAGUGAAAUCUUUGGAAUCUUCCCUGAAGGACGCCAAGCAGUCAGCUGUUAGAGACCGGAAACGAUACCAACAGGAAGUGGACCGCAUCAAAGAAGCUGUCUGCUCUAAGAAUGUCUCCAGAAGAGGGCACUCUGCUCAGAUAGCUAAGCCAAUAAGAGCCGGACAUCAGCAGCCGUCAUCCUCUGCAUCCAUCAGACUGACCAUCAGAGGAGGGGGGGCGCCAUCGAAUCGACGCCAUCUCUCCCCCCGACAACAACACAACCACAGCUACAACACAACAAGUGCAACAUCAACCCCAUAAGAGCCACGGCAGGUUAGAUACAGGAAGUAGAAUACGACAGGAUCACUUUUCUUCGGAUCCUCUGUCUUAUUCUGACCACUUUGCCUUUAGUGGAACCUGGAGACCACCUUAACAACCAUUCCACCUUAACUGCCAACAAGUGCUUUCUUUUCUCAUUUCUAUUUUUAUGAGUUAAAUGAUUAUUAAAUGUGUUAAAUUAUGAUUUUAAUUAGUUAAGUUAUGAUUUAAUGAGUUAAAUUAUGAUGUUAUUAUUAUUUUAAUGAGGUAAAAGGAGUUAAAUGACUAUUUUACUGAUGGAAAUUAUGAUUUUAAUGUUUUAAAUAUGAUUUACUGAGUUAAAUUAUGAUUUCAAUUUGUUAAAUUAUGAUUUAAAUAGGUUAAUUGAUUAUUUGAAUUAGUUGAAAAAUGAUUGUAAUGAGAUAAAUGAUGAUUUGAAUGAGUUACGUGGCAUCUAUUGCACUUCUGUCCGUCCUGGGAGAGGGAUCCUCACAUGUGUCUCUGAGGUUUCUACCUUCUUUACCUGUUAAAAGUUUUUUUUUGUAGUUUUACUCUUGUUGAGGGUUAAGAACAGAGGAUGUGUCACCUUGUUAAAGCCUAUGAGACAAACUGUGAUUUGUGAAUAUGGGCUUUACAAAUAAAAGUCAAUUGAUUGAUUAAGUAAUGAUAUAAUUAAUGUUCAUUGAGUUUUUCUAUUUGUGGUUAAGAAGACAUGUGUGUGAACGUAGAUUGAUGUUAUGUUCUCUUAUGUUCAUCUUUAAUGUUGAUGCAUUAAGAUGAAGAAAAAACAAACUUCAAAAAUCAAUGAAAAAUAAGAAAUAAUCUAAAUGUAAAUGCAGGGAGAUAGAAUAAGAAGACAUUGAGUCAGAGUUUAGGCAUUUAUUUUCAAAUGAUUCAAAUUCAACUUUAAACUUUUUUGUUAUUUUCUCUUGGAAUGAUGGUGACUGUAAUUUCAGUCUGAUGUGAACAACACAAGAUAUAACACAAAUUAAAAUUGUUGAGUAAAAUAUUUUCAAUUCGAUUUUGUCAUGUGGUAGAAAAACGUAAUUUCUGUUGUGACAAAGCUUCGGCAUCACGUCAUUCACUAUAUUAAAGCUUCAUUGAAAAUCAAUAUUCAAUAUAUUAGCUGUUUUUGUUUAUUUUAUACUGUCAUCUACGUAAAGAAGUUCUGGACAUGAUAUUUAAAUUAACUUCUCACAUCAGCUAUUACAUUGGUUUUUCAUCAACAUCAGUGACUUUAAUAUGAUUUAAAUUCUCUAAAGAUCAUUGGAGAUAGAUUUAUUUUAUCAAGAGAAAAAAAUCAUGUUAGAAUUGAUCACAUGCAAUUAUUAUGAGGUCAAAAUAACUUAAGUCAGAAAUUAUAAAUCUUGAAUUGUAUCAGUGAAAUUUGACUUAAGUCAGAAUGAAUGGAAGUAACUUAUAUUAUUGAUUAUAAUAAGUUCUAUAAUUAGUUAUAACUUCUUAUACACAUCAGUCAUAAGUAAAAUCAAAUAUUCUGACUUUGUAUCUUUAACAACAAACAGACAAAUAAAAAGAAUGAAACAGUUCUUAAGUAAAAUGACUUUGUCCUGAAAUUUGCUGUUUUAGGGUUUCCAAAUAAUGAAGGAUCUACAUUAUACAAUUUUAAAUCUAUGAUGUAGCAAUGUAUUUCCCCUAAUGUUACAUGAAUUUAAACAUUGAUAUUAAUUGUUUUCUGUUUGUCUUUAACUUAUUUCUGAACAGUUUUCAUACAUUUAAUCUGUACAUCCUACUUUUUGGGACAGUAUUGAUGAGCUCAGUGUUUUUGUGUAAUAUUUGUCCAGUGUAAAACAGUGUGAACCUGCUGCUGUGUGUCGUUGGAUGUUUCAUGAGAAUCAGUGUUUAGAGUUGUUGUGUAUCUGUGUGUUAUUAAUGUAUAGUGCAGUUGUCUUUCAUCCAGUUUGUUACCUGAAUCCUAAAAUUAUGUUUGUGUAUUCAAACAUACUAGUGAGAUGAUGUAACACAGCUCACGUCAAAUCAAUCAAAAAACAGUUCUACUGACUGACUAAAUGUAUUAUCAGUAUUAUUCAGCACAAUUUAACUCUUAAGGUUCCUCCAGGGUUUUUUAAGAAUAUUCAUGGGGAUGAAGUAAUGAUGAUGAAAAUUUUAAUGUGUAAUCAUUGUGUAAUAAACUUGUUUUGUCAAAUCCUCA